CGCACGCACGGGCGGACGCGGCGAGAGCCAUGGCUUCGGUCCCCGCGGAGGCCGACACGCGGCAGAGGCUGCUGCGCACCGUGAAGAAGGAGGUGAAGCAGAUCAUGGAAGAGGCCGUCACACGCAAGUUUGUCCAUGAGGACAGCAGCCACAUCAUCUCCUUCUGCGCGGCUGUGGAGGCCUGCGUCUUGCAUGGGCUGCGGCGACGGGCGGCCGGCUUCCUCCGCAGCAACAAGAUCGCGGCUCUCUUCAUGAAGGUGGGCAAGAGCUUCCCGCCAGCCGAGGAGCUGAGCCGCAAGGUCCAGGACCUGGAGCAGCUCAUCGAGAGCGCGCGAAACCAGACCCAGGGCCUGCAGGAGAAUGCGCGGAAGUUGCCCAACCUGUCACCGCUGGCCAUUAAGCACCUGUGGAUCCGCACAGCCCUGUUUGAGAAGGUGCUGGACAAGAUCGUGCACCACCUAGUGGAAAACAGCAGUAAAUACUAUGAGAAGGACGCGCUCCUGAUGGACCCCGUGGAUGGCCCCAUCCUCGCGUCUUUGUUGGUGGGGCCCUGUGCCCUGGAGUAUACCAAGAUGAAGACUGCGGACCAUUUCUGGACCGACCCCUCGGCCGAUGAGCUGGUUCAGAGGCACCGUAUCCACAGCUCACAUCUGCGGCAGGACUCGCCCACCAAGCGGCCCGCGCUCUGUAUCCAAAAGAGGCACUCGAGUGGCAGCAUGGAUGACCGGCCGUCCAUCUCCGCCCGGGACUACGUGGAGUCCCUGCACCAGAGCUCCAGAGCCACCCUGCUCUACGGCAAGAACAACGUUUUGGUUCAGCCGAGGGAUGACAUGGAGGCUGUGCCCGGUUACCUGUCCCUGCACCAGACGGCUGACAUCAUGACCUUGAAGUGGACACCCAACCAGCUGAUGAAUGGCUCUGUGGGAGACCUAGACUACGAGAAGAGCGUCUACUGGGACUACGCGGUGACCAUCCGCUUGGAGGAGAUUGUCUACCUGCACUGCCACCAGCAAGUGGACAGUGGUGGCACCGUCGUGCUGGUCAACCAGGACGGGAUCCAGCGGCCACCCUUCCGCUUCCCUAAGGGUGGGCACCUGCUGCAGUUCCUCUCAUGUCUGGAGAAUGGGCUGCUUCCACAUGGGCAGCUGGACCCGCCGCUCUGGUCCCAGAGGGGAAAGGGCAAGGUAUUUCCCAAGCUGCGUAAGCGGAGCCCACAGGGUUCCUCGGAGUCCACGUCUUCAGACAAGGAAGAUGAUGAGGCCACUGACUACGUGUUCCGCAUCAUGUACCCUGGCAUGCAGUCUGAGUUCGUCCCUCAGGAUCUGAUGGAUGUCUCGGUGAACAACCUGCCAUCGCUAUGGCAACCGGGGCCUCGGAAGUCCUCUUGCUCAUCCUGCUCACAAAGUGGCUCAGCUGAUGGCAGCUCAGCCAAUGGCUGCAACCAUGAGAGGGCUCCUCUGAAACUCCUCUGUGACAACAUGAAGUACCAGAUCCUUUCCAGAGCCUUCUAUGGAUGGCUUGCCUACUGCCGACACCUGUCCACCGUGAGGACGCACCUGUCAGCCCUUGUCAACCACAUGAUCGUCUCUCCAGACCUGCCCUGCAGCGCUGGGCAGGGGCUGACGGCCAUCAUCUGGGAGCAGUACCUCCAGGACACCACAAGUUACCAGGAGCAGGAGCUGCUGCGGCUGAUCUACUACGGGGGUAUCCAGCCUGAGAUCCGCAGGGCCGUGUGGCCCUUCCUGUUGGGCCACUACCAGUUCGGGAUGACAGAGACGGAGAGGAAGGAGGUGGACGAGCAGAUCCAUGCGUGCUACGCACAGACCAUGUCGGAGUGGCUGGGCUGCGAGGCGAUCGUGAGGCAGAGGGAGCGGGAGUCCCACGCAGCGGCCCUGGCCAAGUGCUCAUCGGGGGCGAGCCUGGACAGCCACCUUCACCGCAUGGUGCACAGGGACUCCACCAUCAGCAAUGAGUCUUCCCAGAGCUGCAGUUCUGGCCGCCAGAACCUCCGACUUCAGAGCGACUCCAGCAGCAGCACACAGGUGUUCGAGUCCGUGGAUGAGGUGGAAGCGGAAGGCAGAGUGGAGGAGAAGCAGCCCAAGCUUCCCAACGGGAACCUGGCAAACGGCCCUUGUUCCCCUGACUCCGGCCACCCCUCUUCCCAUAAUUUCUCAUCUGGCCUCUCGGAGCACUCCGAGCCCAGCCUCAGCACCGAGGACAGCGUCCUGGACGCUCAGAGGAGCGUCCCCGCUGUGUUCCGACCUGGGGACAGCAGUGUGGAUGACGGACAGAGCAGCGAAGCCACCACCUCGCGAGACGAGGGCCCUCGGGAGGAGCUGGUCGUGCAGGACAGCCUGGAGAGUGACCUGCUGGCCAACGAGAGCAUGGAUGAGUUCAUGUCCAUACCGGGCAGCCUGGACAUGGCCCUGCCUGAGAAGGACGGUGUCCCAGUGGAGGGCUGGCGGGGUCCGGAGGCCGACAAGCGCAGCCAGGCGGACGGCGAUGACAGCCUGUCUGAGGAGCCCGAGAUGGAAAGUCUCUUCCCCGCCCUGGCUUCUCUGGCCGUGAACGCUGCUGCCAAUAACGAGGCGUCACCUGUGUCUUCCAGUGGUGUCACCUACUCUCCGGAGCUGCUGGACAUGUACACGGUGAACCUGCACCGCAUUGAGAAGGACGUGCAGAGGUGUGACCGAAACUACUGGUACUUCACGCCCACCAACCUGGAGAAGCUGCGGAACGUCAUGUGCAGCUACAUCUGGCAGCAUAUCGAGAUCGGCUAUGUCCAGGGCAUGUGCGACCUUCUGGCCCCACUGCUGGUCAUUCUGGACGAUGAGGCCCUGGCCUUCAGCUGUUUCACAGAGCUCAUGAAAAGGAUGAACCAGAACUUCCCCCACGGAGGCGCCAUGGAUACGCACUUUGCCAACAUGAGGUCGCUGAUCCAGAUCCUGGACUCGGAGCUGUUUGAGCUGAUGCAUCAGAAUGGGGACUACACCCACUUCUACUUCUGCUACCGCUGGUUCCUGCUGGAUUUCAAGCGGGAACUCGUCUACGAUGACGUCUUCUCGGUGUGGGAGACUAUCUGGGCAGCCAAGCACGUGUCCUCUGCCCACUACGUGCUGUUCAUCGCGCUGGCGCUGGUGGAGGUCUACCGUGACAUCAUCCUGGAGAAUAACAUGGACUUCACUGACAUCAUCAAAUUCUUCAAUGAAAUGGCCGAGCGGCACAACGCGAAGCAGGUCUUAAAGCUGGCCCGGGACCUCGUGUACAAAGUCCAGACGCUGAUUGAGAACAAGUGAGGGCGGUGCCAGCCUGGCGCCCCUGCCUGCCCUCCUCGCCCUAUCCCUCCCGCUGGCUGUGCAGCCCAGCACGGGGUCCUGGUGUCUGCUCCUCGGCUUGGACCUCUGCGCAGAGAGCAAUGCCCUCAUUGGACUUUGGCCACUGGGCACUGGGGUCGAGGGGCAGCCACCUCAGUUCAGCCUUACGUUUUCCUGUUUGACCAAAGAUCGCCCAAGACUGGGAUUUCUCCCUCUUGGGAGUUGGGGUAGUAAGUGUUUGGAGACGGCUUCUGCCCCCCAGCUCUCUUCUCCCUUCCCCUGUCCCUUCCUCUUCUGUGCAGAUGGCACUGGGGAGGUGGGAAAUUGGUAGAGGAGAUGCCUCUGAACCUGGCAAGAGGUCUUUGGAGAAAUUCCAGAGCAUUCCAGUCCGCUUUACCCCUUGACAUGAUUAGUGACAUUUGAAGCCAGAAAUCUCCUUGCGAGGGGGCUGCGCCGUGUAUUAUACAGGAAAUUGACCAGCUUCCCCACCUUAAGACCACCGAUGCCAGUUACAUAGCCCCCUCCCCACUGUGAUCACCCAAAAUAUCCCCAGCUAUUGCCAUAUGUUCCCCAUGUGGCAACCGCCCCCUUUUAAGAAGCCAACAAGCCCUCUGCCCAACUUUCCUUAGUCUAAGCCAUCCUCUCUCCGAGCUCCCUCCCCAACUCCGUUAGGAAAAGCACACUGAGGUCCUUCUGCCAUCUCUCUUGGAGACUGGGGUUCCGUUUGAUAAUGCUUUCUCAUUUGUCCUCCUCUGCCUGAUGCCCGAAGAUAAUACUUCUUUCUCUCUUUCUUUCUUUUCCUUCCUCUCUUUCCCUCUCUCUCUCUCUCUCUCUCUCUCUCUCUCUCUCUCCUCUCUCUCUCUCUUGUAUCUUGGGAACCUCAAAGUGUCUAUGGGCAGGAGGGAGGAGUUCCCCAAUUCCCCACACAGGGACGAGUCCAGCCUCUUACCUGUGGCUGACAACGUGUGUGUGUCUGCGUGUGCCCUUGUCAUUCUCUAAGCCUCUAAGCGCCUUGCUCACUCAGGACAGGGGUGGAACGAGCUGGGUGUGGUCCCACGCAGGAUUAGUGUGUUUUCCUCGGGGAAAUUCCCACCAUUGAGCUGGAGACAGAGCUGGAUCUGGGAACAGCCCUCUGGGCACUUCACAACAAACCCCAGUAGGACCCGGCGCCGCCCACCCCCCUUUCCCUCCAGCACAACAGCCUGGCUGCUGUCAGAAAUGUCCAGAUGGAAGAAACAGCAGCAGGAAGCCGGGAAGCUCUUCCCAGGUGGCCUGUGGUCUGACAAGAGAUGGCAGCUAGGAUUUCAGGGGGAGGGGAUGGAGAGGCAGCGGGGAAGCUGGACUGAAGCCUCGGCUAACAGGACACCUUAGUCCUUCCGCGGAGCCAACCAGGAUAGGCUGUAAGGGCUGCCCUUUAGUCAAGUGUGACGACUCCUUCUGUCCCGCCUUCUGGCUGCAGCUGCGUUGCCCCAGCCCCCUGCCUAGGGGCACAGGGUGGGCAGAGACGGCUCUGGAUGGCUUUUGCUCCCCGGAAGGGAGAGCCGUGGAAGACAGCAGCUCCCUCCCACGGCAUCAGGACUGGAGGUGACUAGAUCUCACCUGCUUAGAGCCCUGUCUCCCCAGCACCGAACCACAGCUCCCUGAGAUGGGAGGACACACUUAAAGGAAGACCGACAGAUAAAACAAAGUUUAUUUACAGGAGAUGUUAUUUAGCACGACCAGGUCCCAGACCUCCCGAUUGUUAUUUAUUUUUGUAAAAGACUUGUCUGCAGCAUAGCACAAGACCGCCUCUCUGCUUCCUCGUGCGCUCCCCAGAGUGUGUGUGUUGGGGGGGGGGGGUUGCCAUUUGAAGUGACUCUAUUUAUUCGGUUUCCCAGCCGACAUCCAUUGUGUGUGUGUGUGUGUGUGUGUGUGUGUCCCUGUGUCCUGGUAUUGGAGAUGUGGGAGUCUUUCUGUUCACAGAGUGGCCUGUCUUUUUCAGUG